AAAGGGUCCUAACAAGCAUUUUAGCAGGAAAAACACGAUUUCAUCGACGAUGCCAAAGAAAGGUUAAUGAAUUAGUUUUUGUUUCGAGUAAUAGUAUGGACGGUGGCCCUCAGACUCUAAAAUACGGAAAAAGAAGGGUGACAGCAAAAUCUAGGGAGGGGCUGCUUGAAAGCGAAGUAGAUUUCAUCUUAAACACUGUCAGUGUUUAGGAUAUCUAUAUAUAAACUAUGCUUUACAGCUUAGUAAUAACGAGCAGAUCAAGCAUAUACUACAAUGGAAGAAGCAAGUUACAUGGAGGAAAUGGUUGUUCAAAUUGUUUCAAAGGAGAACAUUUUACCAGCUGCUUCAACACCAGACUCCUUGAAAGAAUUCAAACUUUCUGUUCUUGAUCAAACUCAAGUUAAGCUUUAUGUUCCAUUGACGUUGUUUUAUCAUAACAACAACACUAGCGAUCUCGAUUCUGUAAUUUCAGAUAAAUCAAAACGUCUGAAGCAAUCAUUGUCAGAAACCCUAACCCGAUUUUACCCUUUUGCUGGAAAGGUUCGAGAUGAUUUUUACAUUGAUUGUAAUGAUGAAGGAGUUCACUACAUCGUGACACGAGUAAAUGUCAGUCUCCCGGAUUUCCUGAGUAAAUCUCCAGGAGAUGAAAUGAUCAAACGUUUAAUUCCAGCGAAGGCCAGAGAAUCGCCUCUAGGAAAUUAUGUUCUGAUAAUUCAAGUGAACAUAUUCAGUUGUGGUGGAAUUGCACUGUGUACUUGCAUUUCCCACAAAAUUUUGGAUGGAAGUACUUACGCGUUGUUCUUAAAAGAUUGGACAGCUGCAGCCAGAGGAUCUUCUUCGGAAAUUGUACAUCCAAGCUUCACUGGACCAUCAUUGUUUCCUCAAAUUCCAUCUCUAUUGUACAAGUGUCCUAUUGACUUCAGUAAAAUUAACUUUCCUUCCCAGAGGUUCGUCUUUAGUGGUCCGAAGUUAGCAGCUCUAAAGGCCGAAACCAAGGUCUUAACAUCAGAAUGUGUCCCAUCUCGAUUUGAAGUUGUAGCAGCCUUGUUAUGGAAAUGUGUUGCUAAAGCUGCUUCCAAAUCAUACGAAAACUCUCUGGGAAAGCCUUUUAACUUGGGGGUGAUCAUCAAUCUUCGCGGAAAGAACUGUGUACCAAAAAACUCUGUAGGAAAUCUUGUUUGGCUUGGUUUAGCACAAUGCAAGCUUUCCCAUGAACUAGAUCAUACGACAUUGGUCAAUCAAAUAAAAAAGUGCAAGGCACAAAUCAAUGACGACUUUGUGGAGGCUUUAAAGGGAGACGAUGGAACUCCAACUUUCGUUAAAAUUGCAGAAAUGAUAACCUCUGAGGAAACAUCUUUCUCUGUUUGGAUCACGAGCAUGUGUAACAUGAGUCUCUAUGAGCUUGAUUUCGGAUGGGGAAAACCGGCCUGGUUCUAUUUUUGCAAUUUAUAUUUCACGAAUUUCAUCUCCUUAUGUGAUACGGGAACAGGUGGUGGGAUCGAAGCAGUAGUUUCAUUACGCGAAGAAGAAAUGGCAGUGUUUGAGAAUGAUCCGGAGUUGCUUGCUUACGCUUCAGUAAACCCUGCGCUUCUAUGAGGUUUAAUAACUUGGUAUUUGGUAGUUCCGAUGUUCCAUUGAAACGGUGUUUCGUUUAUUAAUAAGGAGUAUAGAUACUGUGUUAUCCUACUUAGAACAAAGAACAGAUGAUCCAGCUUAGUAUGCAGUGAUCAGCGCUGAGUAUGUAAUAAAACAAUCUAUUUCUAAACAA